GCCCCGCCCACGCCGGCCCUCCGCAGCGGCCACCGGGCGAGGGAGCUGGCCGGGCAUGGCGCCCCCGCAGCGCCAGCAGAUUUCCCACGCAAAGCUUUCUGAAGAUGAUGCAUGGAAUCUGCAGCAGGAGCAGCUGUACAGGACGCACCGGGGCCACGAGUCCAUGCACGUGGAGAUGAUCUUGAUCUUCCUCUGCGCCCUGGUCAUCGCUCAGGUGGUGCUGGUGCAGUGGAGACAGAGGCACAGCCAGUCCUACAAUCUGGUGACCUUGCUGCAGAUGUGGGUCGUCCCUUUGUACUUCACCAUAAAGCUUUACUGCUGGCGGUUCCUGUCUAUGUGGGGAAUGUUCUCAGUUAUCACCACUUACAUCCUCUUCAGAGCGACCCGAAAACCUCUCUCAGGAAGGACACCACGACUGGUCUACAAAUGGUUUCUCCUAAUCUACAAGCUCAGCUAUGCAUUUGGUGUUGUGGGUUACUUGGCUAUCAUGUUUACAAUGUGUGGAUUCAAUUUUUUUUUCAAAAUCAAAGCGAAAGAUUCCAUGGAUUUCGGCAUUGUGUCCUUGUUCUAUGGCCUCUACUAUGGAGUGAUGGGGAGAGACUUUGCAGAAAUCUGCUCAGAUUACAUGGCUUCUACCAUAGGGUUCUACAGCGUCAGUGGGAUGCCCACCCGGAGCUUGUCUGACGGUAUCUGCGCUGUCUGUGGGCAGAAGAUCAUCGUGGAGCUCAGUGAAGAAGGACUUAUUGAGAACACCUACCAGCUUUCCUGUAGCCACGUCUUUCACGAAUUCUGCAUUCGAGGUUGGUGCAUUAUUGGUAAGAAGCAGACUUGCCCUUACUGCAAAGAGAAGGUCGAUUUGAAGAGGAUGAUCAGUAACCCCUGGGAACGCACACAUAUUUUGUACGGGCAAAUCCUGGAUUGGCUUCGUUACCUGGUGGCCUGGCAACCCGUCAUCAUAGGAAUAGUUCAAGGCAUUAACUAUUCACUGGGGUUAGAAUAGUGCAGCCAACUUACCCCAGAAGCAAUGUAUUGCAUGGCUGAAAUAUUUUUAAAUCUUUUGCCUCAGCUUUAGUACUGAUGUUCUUUUUUUAAUUUUAGGGAUGAUCCCAAGAGUUCAGAAAACAAUAAAAUUUGGCUCACACGCAGAACAACUUCUCUGUGGAAAGAAUUUAAAGAGAACAAUGGAAUAAACAAAUAAAACACAGCUUUUCCUCUCCCCCAUUACAAUUUCCUAACCCAUACAUGUGACCCAUUUGCUACACCCCACUAUGGACACUGGCCCACUGGUGUGGCUGCUAGUGAUCUCAUCUGUGAAGUGUUUCUGAGGUCUAUAAAGCACUUCUCACAGAAAACAUCUAGUGUAAUCAGUGCCUUCCAAUCAUUUCCACAUCUUCAAAGACGUAAGUAGAAUAGUUAAGUAUUCUGAACCCUAACCAUACAUCUAGAGUUGGUGAGCAGAAAGGAGCAGGGAGCAGAGCGCAUCUCCACUAGGCACUGCGGCUACGAGUACUGUCUCCCCACUCUCCAUUCUUGUCACCACCCGCCAGUGCUGAACCCACGGGCUCUCUGCACACUGGGAAUUCCUCCCAGAGCCUCACACAGCAGGCUCCACACCUGCUCAGGCGGCCAAACUGCUCUGGGUUUCCUGGGGCUGCCAAAGACAUUCACCCCACCCAAGGAGAGAGACUCACUGUCUCCGUGUUAUAGUUCAGACCUAGAAGCUCCCCCAAAAGAUCCAUGUGUUCUGGUUGUCUUCUUCAUAGCACUCACUGAUGCUGGAAGUCAUAGCAAAUCUUUAUUAUUUGUCUUCCACUCCAUGAAGGAAAGGAAUUUUCUCUGUUCUUUCCUACUACAUGCCCAGCACUUAGAGCAGUGCUCCACACACAACAGGCACUCAAAAUAUAUUUGUUGAAAGAGUAAAUUAAUCUGGCAGGAGGGAACAAAAUGAACUGAAUAAGAAAGACAAACCAGAAAGAAUUCAUCAGGAAAGGUAUGGUGGACUCGCAAAAUUAAUAUGCUUUAAAUCACUAGUCAUUUGUACAGCCAACACUGUAUACAGAGCACUAGACAUCCACUCUAAAAUACUGGAGGUCACUGAACUUGCGUGAAGCAGGAAGGAAAUACCUGGUUGCUAUUUCCCUUGUCCAAAUAUUGACAGGAUACUUAACCUGAUACUACUCAUGUUCCAUCAUCAAGAAAAUUCACCCUAAGAGUUCCACCCAUCGGUAGUUUUCUCUCUUUGAACUGCCCAGCACCUCAGUAUUACCUUUGGAUCACCAUCUAGAUUACUAGAAGAUUUAGUUUUUGUUUCUAUAUUCAAUAAAUAUUUCAAUAUUUACUUAUUACGUAGUAGGCAUAUUCAAAGGGUAAGGAGACAGAACAAUAUUCUUGAGCUUAUGGUCUGUUGAUAAAUAAAAGAUCUUAAAUUUGGGUAGAGCACUAACAAAAAAUAGGAUCAGGAACAGGCAAAGGAUGUCCACUCUUGUUUCUCUUAUUCACUAUACAGUAAUGCCUUGGUUCAUGAACGCUUCUGUUUGUGAACAAUUCAGUUCAAGAACAAAAGUGCUUGGUAAAAUUUUGCUUCCAUUCACAGACUCCACAGGAGGAGACAAAGAGGACUGUGGCCAUCUCCCCUCCCCCACUCCCCACAAACGCUAACACAGCCAUUUUCCCCAGCAUCCUGGAACAAAUGAAGUUCAUGAACUGAGGCCCACUGUGGUUCCUGAAAUUUUAGACAAGGCAAUUAGGCAAGAGAAAAAAGUAAAGGGGAUACAAAUAAGAAAAAAAGUCAAAUUAUCC